AUGGAAAGGCACGGGUCCGACUCCCAUACGCCUGACAAGGAGAUGGAUGUUCUGCAAGCCUUGCUCCAUUCACCUGUAACUGCUAAGGCUCUUCCUUCUUCGGGUGGUCAAGCAUCCACCAAUGCUGCCUCGUCUACGCUGCAGAAAAAAGACGAAGAGCGAACAGCAGGAAAACAGGUGAACUCUCCCGAGGAUGGUCAGCCCAGCAAAGCCCACCCUGGGCAGUUUGCAGGUACAACGGCGCACAAGACUCUUGGAGCGGAAUCGGGUGCGGUCGAAGCGCCCUCGAGACCGACUUCCAGAGAUGUACUGCUUGCCGGCGGGAGUGCUUCGCCAGCGAGCGACAAGAGGACUAAAGCAUCUGUAAUGCCUAUUCAUCACCCGGACGUCGACUCUCACAGCCCCGGUAAUUCGCGUAGACCCGGUCCCGCGACCGCACAUCGUCGACAAGCUGUGGACUACCGUGGAUUCCAAGCCCUCUACAAGGAGAACAGGGCACUGCUUGAGGAAGUGGAGGCGAUGAAACGUGAAGAGAAACCGAGGAAGUCCAUGUUCACGCGUGGCGUCCAGAAGCUGUUGUCCGUGCCAGAUGGGCAGCCCGUAUUCCCCGGUUUCGGAGAAGGCAUGGCCAAAGUAGGAUCGCUGUUUGCCCUAGAAGGCCCCUUUAGAAGACAGCCGGCGAGAGUCUUGUCAAGCGGCGGCACAGAUUCGGCGGACCCCCAACCGCAGCGAUCCUUCACCCGGCUAGCCACGGUCAUAGUCGUUGCCGUCGGGGUCGUGUUCGUCGCGUCAGCGAUGCUCUUCGCUCUACUGGGCGCACUAACGAGCCAUCCCAGCGGUGUUCAAGCGCAGGUCUGCAAGACCAGCGAUUGCCGACUGCAUGCGCUGUACCUGUCGUAUCGGCAAAACCACUCGGUUCGGCGCUGUAACGACUUCCAGGCGUACGUGUGCUCGGAAUGGGAGCCGCCCGAGGGCUACAGCUUGGUGGCCAAUACCACGAUCAGCGAGGUCGUGCUGCGUUGGAUGCAAGAUAUUAGGCGCGCUCUGCAAGAUAGCACGGCAGGAGGCAUGGCACGCCACAUGGUUCUGUCUAUGCUGGACGGUUGUAUGGCGGACCGCAAGAGCACCCAUCAGGAUGCCAAAAUAUUUCGAGAUUUCAUGUAUCGGUUAAACCUGCACUGGCCCGGAGAUCCACCGACGAACGUCAGUGCCUUGAGUGUUCUGAUUCGCCUGGCUUUCAAGUGGCAGGUGACUUUUUGGAUGAAGCUGCGAGUGAUUCAAGAUCCGGUAAGAAGAGAUCGCCGAAGGCUUGUCCUGAGUGGUGGUGACCAGGACGCAAUUGUCUUCCUGAACCUAAACCAUAAGCAGCUCUUACAGCGUGAUGCCUACGUGCAGUACUGGAAGAGCCACUACGCAAUCCUGUACCGCGAUGACGACGUCAUCCAAAACCACGUCGUCACGCAGAUGUACGAGAGCGCCACUCUUCAGAGUCACGUCAUCGAGACGCUACUGGCCGUGGCGAGAAAGUAUCCCAAGUCGCCUGCUGCUACCACAGUCGGCGUGCUCCGCAACUACACAGGCGAUCGCCUCACUUCCUCGCAAUGGCUGCAGUUUCUGCGUGAACACGUGAAUCCUCACUCCGACGUAGCGGUCUCUGAGGACACGGAAGUUCUCGUCUCUGAUUUAUUGCUCCUGAAGUCAAUCGGAGGCCUAUUCACUAAGUACAGCGACGCAGACAUCAUUCGCCAACUAUCCUGGGAGUUCGUGCAGCUACACGUAAUUAUGAUGGACAAGACCCCGCUGGAGAUUGCCUUUGCCAGCCGCUGGUACGCCAUGCCUUACGUGUCCGUGUAUUGCACUCGCUACGUCGAAACCGUCUACAGGCCUCUGCUCGCGUCAGUUUAUGUGAGGCAGCACCUGAGCGUCGAUGACCGACGCGCUCUUGACUCGGAUGUGGCAGGCCUAGUGAACGCAGUCAUCGAGAAGGUCAACGGUUCGUCCUGGUUCGAAGAGCAGGGGAAGCGAGAAGCCAUAGAAAAGCUGCGCGCUUUGAGGACGAGCAUCUGGCCUCCGGAAGCGUACUUCGACGACGACGAGCUGGAACAGGCGUACCACUGGUUGCAGCGCUUGAAGGGAGCCUCUUUCACGGCCAGCUGGAUCGAAUCGUUCUCUGCACUUCGUGAUCUCGGCAAAACUGCUCUUUAUGCGGCGACCGUCCAUUUGCACAACAUGAUGUCCUUUGUGCUGUUCGACUACGAUUACCUGACCAACAACGUACAUAUUGCCAUAAGUGCGCUCACAAACCCGAUUUAUUACCCCCACGGCUCGCGGUCCAUGUUCUACGGUGGCCUAGGCUUCCUGUACACCAGCCAGUUGUUCAAAUCCAUCGACGACACUGGACGUCGGGUGCGGGCCAAUGGCACGGUCACGCACCCGUGGCCAUUAUCAGAGAAGGGUAAGCUGGGAAGGAAGAGUCAUUGCCAGGGAGCCGGCCACGAUGUUUCUUUUCUUUCGAACCUUGGUGCGCUUGAGGUUGCGCACGCCAAGUUUCUUGCCAUGUUACCCAUGGACGGCGGCAAGGUUGUUUCGAAAAGCUAUACCGAAGAACAGGUCUUCUUUCUUACCGUGUGCCGCAUUUUGUGCGAGAUGCCAUCCGCUGAGUUCGGCACCACAACCUGCAAUUCCCUAUUCAGGAAUUCGCCCGAGUUCGCUGAGGCGUUUCACUGCCCGCCCGGGUCCCCAAUGAACCCGAUUGAGAAGUGUAAAUACUACGCCUCAUCUGAAAACUGA